AUGCCUUCGGGAGCCCUUGCCGAAGGCGCCUCGUCCUCGAGAACGGCUUUUGUCUCCUUCCCUGGUGCGGCGUACACCCACUCUGCCGCCCUUCGAGCCACUCGCAAAGUGCUCGCCCCUCAUGGCUGGCAGAUCGAGGAGGGUGACGGCAAGGGAGGUCCCGUCGGGCCGUCUGGCACAUCAGAUCCUCAGGAAGUGUCUAUUGCUCCAUCCGGAAAGGAUCUCUAUCUGGCCGACUACGAUCUGUUGCCGUUCGAGGACCUUCUUCCCGGUUCGUCCUCUUCUGCCAAAGGCAAGCAGCCGCAGUGCUCCAGCUACGUCAUCAGGAAGGCGCUGAUCCGCAAGCACUACCUCGCUUCUGCGCUCAACACGUACGCGGUCAAGCUCCCGUCUGGACCCGAUGCAGACCGCUUUCGUACCUGCACGCCCAAGACAUGGCAUCUCGAGAUCCAGUUUGCAGACGAGUUGGACGAGCUACUCAUGGACGACCUCUACGACCUGGCUGAAUUGCUGGAGGAAAAUCAGGCUGCUGCCGAAGAAGGUCGCGAGAAGGAUGUCAGGUGGUUCAUCUUGAAGCCGGGCAUGGCAGACAGAGGCAAUGGCAUUCGGAUCUUCAGCACACUGGAGCAACUGCAGGCGAUCUUUGAAGAGUUCGAGCCGGACUCGGAAGACGAGGACGAAGAAGAAGACCACGACGAAGAUGGCAGCGGCAGUGGAUCAAGAGAUCAGAAUGGCUAUGCAGGGAAAGACACGUCCGUCAUGGCAAGCCAAUUGCGGCACUUUGUCAUACAAGAGUAUAUUCGGACACCUCUGCUCAUCGAUCCUGUCAGCUCAACAGCCAAUGGCGAUGGGCUCGCGGCCCAUGCCUCGCAGAAGCUCAACAUCGGCGCAGGAAUGGAAGCGAACAGCCCACGAAAGUUCCAUCUUCGUGCGUACGUGCUCUGCGUAGCUGGUCUCGCUGUGUACCUCCACGAUGACAUGCUGGCGCUCUUUGCUCCCAUGGCAUACCAGGAUCCAAGCACCGACACAGUACGAGAUCUUCGGUGUCACCUCACCAACACAUGCUUGCAGGAAGAUGGGUCGCUUGCAGUGGGCAACGAUGCUCGACCGAAAGAAGAGAAUGUCUUCCUAUGGACUGACCUCGCGGGAUCCAACUUCACGCAGUCGAACGGCCAGGAGAAGCGGUCCAUCAGAGCACUAUCGGCCGACAUGGUCGAUGACGUCCGUCGCAAAGCCGCCGAUGUAAUCGGUGCGUCAUUCCAAGCGGCAGCGAAGGCAGGGAGCAUUCAUUGGCAAUUAUGGCCUAACGCAUUCGAGGUCUUUGGAGUCGACUUGCUGGUCGGCUACGACGACUCGACUUCCGGCACAGGAGGACACAAGGAAGGGGCGUUUAGCGACGAGCUCAAAGUAUGGCUGCUCGAAGUCAAUGCCCAGCCUGACUUUGCUCAGACGGGUGCUCGGCUGAGCGCUGUCAUUGACCGUCUCUUCGAGCGGGUCUGCGAAAUUGCGGUGCUUCCAUAUCACUCGGAUCAGCAAAGCACGGGAGGGCUCGGUGGAUGGAAGGUGGGCGAGUCACGGCAUUCUACCACGCUCUGCUUUAAGGAAGAUCUCGGUCGUGGCUUCUAG